GCGGAGCCCAGCCCGCCGGCCGCUCCCCUGCGCAUGCGCUUUAUGCCACCCCCGGCGGUCGUACCGGUUACCCGAUGACGGCGAUCGACCGCGCCGGCUGCCGCCAUGGCAGCCCGGGUGCUGAGGCCGCUGCCCAGACUGAAGCCAUUCAACAGACUACAACUAAUAUUGCAACAUUUGAAAAUGUCUAAUCAAAUGGAUUCGACAGCUGAAGUCUUGUUGGAAAAGAGAGGAGGUGCAGGAAUAAUAACUUUGAACAGACCCAAGGCUCUCAAUGCAGUAAAUCUUUCUAUGAUCCGACAAAUUUACCCACAAAUAAAGACUUGGGAGCAAGAUCCUGAAACUUUUCUAAUAAUUAUAAAGGGAACUGGAGGCAAAGCUUUUUGUGCUGGGGGUGACAUCAGAGCCAUCACAGAUGCAGGAAAAGUUGGAGGCAGACUGGCACAAGAUUUCUUCAGAGAAGAAUAUAUGCUGAACAAUGCCAUUGGCACUUGCAAGAAACCAUAUGUGGCACUUAUCGAUGGCAUUACAAUGGGAGGGGGAGUUGGCCUCUCAGUCCAUGGAUGUUUCCGAGUUGCUACAGAAAAGACACUUUUUGCAAUGCCAGAAACAGCAAUAGGCCUUUUUCCUGAUGUAGGUGGAGGAUAUUUCUUGCCAAGGCUAUCAGGAAAGCUUGGCUAUUACCUCGCACUAACAGGAUUUAGGCUGAAAGGAAGAGAUGUACUAAAAGCUGGCAUUGCUACACAUUUUGUAGAAUCCGAAAAGCUACCUGCCUUAGAGAAAGAUCUGGUAGCACUGAAAUCUCCGUCAACAGAAAAUAUUGCAGACUUACUGAACUCUUACCACAUGAAGAGCAAAGUUGAUCAAGAAAAGGGGUUUGUACUCGAUGAACACAUGGAGAAGAUUAACAGUCUUUUUUCAGCAAAUACUAUGGAAGAAAUUGUUAAAAAAUUAAAGCAAGAUGGUUCUCCUUUUGCCAUUAAGCAGCUAGAGACUAUUAGUAAGAUGUCACCUACAUCCUUAAAGAUGACUCUCAGACAGCUCAGAGAAGGAGCUUCCAUGAACUUGCAAGACGUACUGACGAUGGAAUACAGACUGAGCCAAGCAUGCAUGAGAGGCCAUGACUUCUAUGAAGGUGUUCGGGCAGGCUUGGGCUACUUCUGAAGUGAUCUACUGUUCCUUGUGUCAUCAGUGCUGAUUGACAAAGACCAAUCCCCCAGAUGGAAGCCAGCUGCUCUAGAAGAAGUCAGUGAUGAAUUUGUGGACGAUUGCUUUAAGCCAUUGGGAAACAAUGAUCUCAAGUUGUAAAGAUCGAGUCUAUUGACAUCGUAUUCGCCUGCUUAAUUCUAUGAUUAUAAAAAUUAAUAUAGUGUGAUAAAGUUUGACAAGACUUUUUUAGCUAGCCUGAGAUUUGUAAGUCUAUUUUUUUUUUUUUUUUUUUUUUUUUUGCAUUCAGGAACAUUCUCUUUUGUGUUGCUGCCAUCAUAGCAAAAUAAUUAUAUCUCUGGUUAAUAAGGGGGAAAAUCACUUUAAGGCAAAUUGUUAUUUUUACUGCUUUACACAAUGAUUAACAUUUAAUUUGUUGCAUCAGCUCUUCAUUUAGGAGGAGCCUUUGGGGGAUGACCUAGUAAGCAAGAAGUCAGGAGACCUUUGUAUUCUUGGCUCUGUCACUGGUCUGUUAAAUUGGGAUUGUGCCUCAGAUUCUUCUCUUUACAAUAAAAAUAAAGUAUACUUCAAGCUUCAAAGUAGUCAGAGCAACAAAGGAAAAUACAAGACAUGCUAAAUGCAUGGUGUUAAGUAGUCUUUUAAAUAAAAGGUCAGACUGACACAUUAUUAGUCUGAUAGCAAGAAAUUGUUCUAUUGAUUUAACAUUUGGUCGGUAUUCAGAUUUGCUGUGCGAUGUACACAUUGUUUCAAAUGUCAUAAUACUGCCAGAGCCUCGAGCAGACUUCUGUUUCCUUGUAAAACCAUUUUUUAAAAAAAUGCCAUUAAGUUUGAUUGACCUGCGUAACUAGUUUUUCAUGAUUUCAAGCAUUGCUAGUUUUUCCUGGUCUUAAACUGUCUCAGACCUUCCUCUGAACCCUAAGCAGUGAUGUUUCCCGUUGAUGAUGGUGACUGACUGAUGAUUUUAGUGGUAGAGGUCAGCCUGGCACUAAUGCUGCGCAUGGCUGGAGUUUAUCUGUACCAACUAGUCUGGGAUCCCAUUUGCUUGUGCCCAUGAACAUCCCGUCUGCUGGGUGGAAAAUCUGUCAAAAGCAGGGGCUGAGAAAAAGAUUCUGAAAACACCAAUAUGUACUGAAGAUAAUGAAUAAGGGAAAACACGAAAUAUCUGCUGCGACGUAGAUCGUACAGAUUUUUAACCCAGCAUGUCCUAACAAAUGUAUUUGUUGGGAUCAAAAUUUAAAUAUACAUCAAAACCCCCUUGUAUGUGCAUUAAAGCUUGCUGGGUUCUGAUACUAAUAAUACUUGAAGUUAUAUGGCAUAACCAGAACCCCUUGAUAAAAGUAUAAUUUUUAGAGGGGGUGAAAUCAAUUUUUUUAUUGUGUGUGCAACACAGAGCUACUAAGCUUUCUUCGACAUUAAGGCUGCGUGCUUCUUUAUGCUUAAUGAAAUCAUGUAUCAGUAUCUCUUCCUGUUUGUUUCUGCAGUUAUAGGCAGGUCACAAAUACAAAUUUUGGCUUCGCUGAAGAUGAUCCACUGAGACUAAAAGAAGACGACUUUUGGUCAAAUAACAGUCAGUAGUCAGCACUGGGGGAAUCACAGUCAGAGCUACAGCAGAACCUUUACGGGGUUUUCUACGCGGGGCAGUUUUCAUUAGGACAGCAGCAGUCUCUGCUGGCUUAAAGCUCCUUCCUUCCUUCCUGGAAGCUGUUGCCUGGAAACUAAGUCCCGGAAAGUCAGGCAUUGAGGUGAACUACCAAGGUGCCUCUCAGAGAAUUAGAGGCGAGCAAAAGGGAGAGCAAAAUCAAGAAAAAAUGGCACCUUGCUUUGUCACUAGAAUUUGUCUGACAAAAUUGUUAAAAUUUCUGCUGUGAGUUGACGCUACCGUGUUCAUAUUUGUCAUGAGACAGUCCAUGAGCUUCUUUUCAAAAGUAGUUGAGAGAUUUAGUUCUGAAAACAUGACUUGAAUUUCUACCUCAUGCUCUCAGAAAUGUAAACCUCCCUUCUUAUUUUUUAAAAUUUUUGUAUAUUUUAGAUAAUCUUAAACAAUGGCUAUUUUUAUUUUAUUUUUUAAAAAUGGGUUCAUUCCAUCGUUUUGUACAAAAGGAGCAAUCUUCAGCAACUGUAUUUAAUGAGAAACAGUAAUCCCCAAGGAGCAGGGCUCACGCCUUCUCUGACUGCAAAGGACUUACAACAUGUUAGCAACAGUAUACUCCUGAAACAAUAAACUUUGCCUUGCACAUUCA